AUGUCGUCAAGACGGCAUAAGCGACUGCAGUGUUCCCACGAUGGCUGUGGUUCCCGGCGCAUCACCACUGGCGAUGAUGGCUUCCGAUACUGCGAUCAAGGACAUCAACAAUCAGAGCUUGGCACAGUCGUCGCCGAGGACACCGGUGAACUCCCCAAUCACGGCAAAACUUCCCGUAGAAGGGAUCUGGACGCAAGUUCCUUCACAAGCAGGGCUUCUGGAUUCAGCGGCACCAGAGCAUUCGAGCACUACCUUCUGUGCAUGCAGGUCGUCAUGCGAAAGCAGCUACAGUGGCUGAUCGAUGUUCAGCGCUUGCCUACAGAGCUCGAGACCGUGGUGAGGGACCUGUGGGCUUUGCGAUUGCAGAAAGUUCAAGGCCGUGCCACCUACGACUCGGAAACCGACACGGAAGCUCAGCGCUCGGAAAUGUUCAGUUCUCAAUCCGAAGGCGAAUCGGGUACAGAUGCUGCGACACUCAAUUCCCAGCGCAGCAGACAGGCAAGCCGCAGAAAGUCUCGCGGUCCCAGUCUUCUCGAUCUGGUAUGCUUGGAGUACAUCGGCGCCAUGCUCCUAAAGAUCCCUCUCACCGUUUCGGAUCUUCACAAUUGGAUCAGUCAUGGGGAACUCUUAUACUACCGAGCCGCGAAAGAAGUGUCGUUAUCAAUGAGGAUACACCUACCUGGCUACCUGCAAGAACAAUUCGAGCCGCAAUCGAUCAUCGCACCUGAUGCUAUCCACCGGAAUGUCUCAAAUCUACUCCUAUCGAUGCAGACAGACAUGGGAAUGACGCCACCUCCACUCAAUCACUCCCUAGUGCUCUAUCGAUGGAUACAAGAGCUUUCUCUGCCUCUGGAGGUAUAUGUGGGCACCCAACGUCUCGCGACUUUGCUAGACCUUGAUUACUGCUAUAGCCUGGACGCCAAAGCUGGGACAAACCAGAGUCUCCGAUAUCCGGAGGUUCGGCUAAUGGCUGUGGUCAUCAUAACUACGAAAUUGCUCUUCCCUUUUGACGACUCCAGACGAUAUCCCAAAGCACCCAAUGACAUGGCCAUGCUGAAGAUGGACUGGACAUCAUGGGCUGACAUGCAAAAGGUGGAGGCCCUACUUGCCGACGAGCAGCCCGUCAAGAAAGGACUUAGUUAUGAAAAUGCCUUUAGUAUGACGGAAGCUGAUAGCAUUGCUCUCAGCGACGACUCUUUGGAUCAAUAUCUGGACUGGUGUGAGAACAACAUAGCCUCUGAAGACAUUCGAGAUCGUGGGAAAGCUGCAAAGGAAGCUGAAUAUCGGCGAGCGUUGUUCGAGUGGUUUCCGUCCACUGCCCGGCCGGGAGCAUCUCGACCAAGGAGCGCAAUCCUUGAUGCGGUCCCAUCUGUGCAACAGAGAGCUGUCCACUCUCAAGAAAAUCUUCGUUUGGGGCGAAUUGUACAAGAAGAUGGUAGCGACGACAUUCCCCGGGUGGGUAUGAGCCAUGCUCAGUACAGAACCAGAGAUGAGCUACAUGGCACCAGCAAACUAUUCUAUCAGAGAGCUUCUCGAGUUGCUGGCUACUCCGUUCACGGCAUGGUGCGAGCCGCGUUUCUGUUGGAAAGGCAAAUGCUGCAGCAUGAAAAGCUCCAGCGCAAGUCACGAAAAACGUAG